AUGAUAGUUAUAUUCACUGAGGAACAAAUGUUAUUAUAUUGUCUAGAUAAGAAUGAAUCGGAAAAUAAGUGGAUAUGCAUAUUGUGUUCAACAAAAAUAAAACGAAAACAGAUACCGAGUCGAGCAGUUAUCAAUAAUUUGCAAGUUUGUGAAAUUCCAGCGGAGUUGAAAAAAUUAAAUGAUUUAGAAAAGCAUUUAAUUGCUUUACGCUUACCUUUCAUGAAAAUUGUAAAUCUUGUUUCUGGAAAAAUAUCUCACAAAUUUGCACAGAAAGGAACGAAAGGUCCGCUUCAUAUCGUUCCAUCUGAUGUUGAGGAUACUGUUAUGUCAUUACCUCGUCCGAUUGACAAAUCAAUGAUGAUUCGAUUACAACUGAAAAGACGACUAAAGUAUAAAGCUGUAUGGGAAGAACAGUUAAUCAAUCCUAAUGAUAUACGACAAGCGUUAACUGUUCUUAAAGAAAAACAUCCUGGUUAUAAAUAUGUUCAAAUCGAAGAUAUUAAAGAGAAUUAUCUCAUUUCUGAUAAGAAUGAAUCAAAUCAAGAAAAUGAAAUAAAUAAUAGUAAUGCGAUUGAUAUCGAGGAAAUUACGUGUGAAAAAUCGUCCACAAGUACAGAAAUAACAAAUGAUGAUCAUAUAAAUAGACUAGCACUUGGUGAUGUACAAGAUUGUAAAAAUGACAGCGAAGAGAUGGAUGAAGAUAAUGAUGAUAUUCGUGCAAAGUACAACAUCGGAACUGAUUCAUGUAUACAACCAGCUGAUUUCUCUGACUUAGUCAUGCAAGAAAGUAAAUUACAUACAGUAGCGCCAGCUGAAAAAAAUAAGUUGACUGCACUUUUAUCAGAUAAUACAAUCGAAGCAUUGGCGUUUCCUCAUCUUUUUCCAGAUGGACGUGGUUCUUUUGAUGAAAAACGUCAAUGCAAACUUGGUUGGAAAGAAUAUUGCAAAUUACGUCUUUUCUCGUCGGAUUCAAGAUUUGCAUCUGAUUCUAAUUACAUUUUUUUCUUAAAAUAUCUAGCUGAUUUAAAACAAACUUUCUCUUCAAUUAAUAUUGCAUUUCGUAAAAAACUUACGUUAAAUGUAGGUCAAAGUUCUGAUGAUGGUCAAAUGAAAUUUCUUUUAGGUAAAGACAUGAUUUAUCGACACUUUCAAUCGGUACGAGGAAGUCCACAAUAUUGGCAACAACGUUUGAAAGAUUUGUUUGCAAUGACGCGACAAUUAGGUUGUCCGACUUAUUUCGUAACAUUCUCAUGUGCUGAUUUACGAUGGAAAGAAUUCAUAGAUAGUUUUGUUCGACAUACUGGAGAGAAAGUAAAAGAUUCAUAUUCUUUUGCAGAAAAGGCGAGACUUUUACGAACAAAUCCUGUGAUUGCUUCUCGUAUGUUCGAAGGCAGAUUUAAUAACUUGAUGAAAUUAUUUAUUAAAGGUGGAUCAUAUUCUUUAGGACAAGUAAGUGAUUGGUUCUGUAGAAUAGAGAUGCAAUUUCGAGGAUCUCCACAUUCUCAUAUGCCUCUAUGGGUUGAACAUGCACCUAAGUACAAUGGAGUUAAUACAAACACAAAAACUCGCGAUGAAAUUGCACGAUUUUGUGAUAAAUACAUUACAACACGUUUUCCAUCGGCAACUGAAGACAAUGAGUUACAUAAUAUUAUUAAAGAUGUGCAAACUCAUUCACGUAGUCAUUCAAAAUCUUGCUUAAAAUAUCAUAAUACUAUUUGUCGAUUUAGUUUUCCACGACCAGUAGCUAGACGUACAUUUAUAUGCGAACCAUUUCAGUCUGACAAUGAUGAAUGUAAAGAACGUGUACAACAGGCAAAAAAAAAUUUGAAAGAAAUGAAUGCAACUAUGAAUAUGUUAGAAAAAGAUAAAACAUUACUAUGGUCCGAUUUUGAUAGUUUAUUGUGUAAAUACAAUUGGACUUAUGAUGAUUAUGAAUGGUCUCUAACAGUUGUUCAUCGAAGACCAACAUUGAUUCAUAAAAGAGAACCGAAUGCUCGUUGGGUUAAUCAGUACGAUGAAGAAUUACUAAGAGCAUGGAAUGCUAAUAUCGAUAUUCAGUUUGUGCUUGAUCCGUACGCAUGUGCAAAGUAUUUAAUGUCAUACACAACAAAACCAGAAAGGGAAAUGAGUCUUCUUCUUGAAGCAACUCAUAAAGAAUGUCGUGAAGGCAAUAUAAGUGUAAGAGAAGAAAUGAAAAAAUUGACAGGCACAUUUUUUAAUCAUCGACAGGUGAGUGUUCAAGAAGCGAUCUAUCGCGCUACGGGUAUGCCUCUCACAUAUUCAAGUCGUAAAGUGUUAUUUAUUCCAUCACAUUCAAAUAGUUGUCGAUUUCUUAAACCUCAGCACAUAUUGAAACAAAUGGAUGAUGAAAACAGUGAUAUAUACAUGUCAAAUUUAGCAGAUAAAUAUUUCGAUCGUCCCUUAGAUUCAGAUUUGAAUAUCUGUAUCGCAGAUUUUGCAUCCGAUUACGACAUUGUUUCUGCUAAUAUAUCUACUAAAAAAACGAAAAGUACAGUAAAAAAAUUACAGACAUUACCAUUUGCAAUAAAAAAACGAUGUAAUAAAAAAGCUAUCACUAGAUAUCCUUUUUUCAAUCGUGAAACAGAUCAAGAAAAUUAUUUUGAAAAUCUUCUUGUACUGUAUUUACCGAUUAGAAAUCGAGAUGAAUUUAAAAAACCAUAUCAAUUGUAUUAUGAAAAUGGUAUAGUGUAUGAUUAUCAUCAGAACUGUAAUAGAAAAGUCAAAGAUAUUGUAUCUGAGAAUCGAAAAAAAUAUGAAUGUCAUUUUGAUGUUAGCAAAGAAAUGGAAUCUAUUUUCAAUGAAUUGGCUACUCAAUCUAAAGAAGAUGAUUGGGCUGAUGUUGUAGCUAACAUAGAAAAGAAUCGAUUAGGUCAAAAUGAAAUAGAAAAUGAAGAAAAUCCUGACUUUGAAUUGAUUCAUAAGAAGAAAAAAAACAACAACAUAUUUGAUUUGAAACAAUCUUGCCAUGCAUCCAAUGAGAUACGACCAUUGUUGGAAUCUAUGAGUGAAGAACAGUAA